AUGAGAAUAAGACAGAUAAGUGUGUAUCAGCAAACUCAAGCUCUUCUGUGUAAGAAUUUUCUUAAGAAAUGGAGGAUGAAAAGAGAGAGUGCAUUGGAAUGGGGCUUCCCAAUACUGCUAGGACUGUAUCUGGGUCUGCUUUCAGGAGUCAGAGGAAAUGCCCAGUUACCUGAGAUACCUCCUCAAGAUCUGGGAAGGAUAGACAAAUUUAAUAUCUCUUCUAUAAUAAUUGUGUAUAUGCCAAUCUCUAAUAUAACCCAGAAGAUAAUGAAUACAACAGCAUUUGCUCCCUUAAUGAAAGGAACAAGAAUCAUUGGGGUACCAGAUAAAAAAGACAUGGAUGAAGUACUUUUUGAGUAUUUCCCACAUGCAAUGGGAAUCAUCUUUAGUGACACUUUCUCUUACAAGUUAAAAUUUAUUCGAGGAUAUUAUGUUCCAUUUUUGAGAGAUGAUUUAACAGAUCAUUGUUGGGAAAUAUAUGGUGAAUAUUCAUGUGUAUUGUCCAGAUACUGGGAAAGAGGAUUUGUGACUUUGCAGACUAUCAUUAAUGCUGCUAUUAUAGAAGUCACAACAAAUCACUCUGUGAUAGAUGAGUUGAUGUCAGUCACUGCCAUAAAUAUGAAGACAUUACCCUUUAUUUCUAAAGACAUUUUUCAAUGUGAGAUGUUCAUUUUAUACUGUUUGCUUUAUUUUUUCCCAUUUACAUAUUUUGUAUCACUCAAUAUUACAAAAGAGAGGAAAAAGUGUAAGGAAUUGAUGAAAAUGAUGGGUCUACAUGAUUCAGCUUUCUGGUUGUCCUGGGGUUUAAUGUAUACCGCCUUCAUCUUCAUCAUUUCCAUAUUCAUUACAAUUAUCAUAACAUCCACCCAAGUUAUACUCAUGACUGGCUUUAUGGUCAUAUUUACACUCUUAUUCUUAUAUGGCUUGUCUUUGCUAGCUUUAUCAUUCCUGAUGAGCGUGCUGUUACAGAAAGCUGUCCUCACAAAUUUGUUUGUGUUUCUCCUCACCCUCUUUUGGGGGUUUGUGGGAUUCACUGCCUUCUAUAAACAACUUCCUCCCUCUGUACAGUGGAUUUUGAGUAUUUGUAGCCCUUUCGCCUUAAGAGCUGGAAUGACUCAGAUUCUUCAUCUGGAUUAUAACUUGAAUGGAGUAGUUUUCCCUGACCCCUCAGGAGAAUCAUAUACAAUGCUAGCAACAUUUUCUGUGUUGGCUUUUGAUGGUCUUAUCUACUUGAUGCUGGCACUGUACUUUGACAAAAUCUUACCCUAUGGAAAUGAGCACCGCUAUUCUCCAUUAUUUUUCCUGAGUUCAUCAUCUUGUUUCCGACACCGAAGGACUGAUAAUACAGUCAUUGAGAAAGACCUGGAUCCCGAGCAUCCCUCUGAUGAUUAUUUUGAACCCAUACCUUCUGAAUUCCAAGGAAAAGAAGCCAUCAGAAUCUCCCCACAAAUUCAAAAUGUUCCAGUUAAUCCAGAAAUACAUGUAGAUGAAGAUGAAGAUGAAGAUGUUCAAGCAGAAAGAAUGAGAGCAUCAAGUGCCCUGACCACUUCAAACAUAAAUGAGAAUCCAGUCAUAAUUGCCAGCUGUCUACACAAAGAGUAUGCAGGCCAGAGGAAAAGUUGCUUUUCAAAGAGGAAGAAGAAAAUAGCAGCAAGAAAUAUUUCUUUCUGUGUGAAAAAAGGUGAAGUUUUGGGAUUGCUAGGACCCAAUGGUGCUGGUAAAAGUUCUUCUAUUAGGAUGAUAGCUGGGAUCACAAAGCCAACAGCAGGACAGGUGGAACUGAGAGUUGGGGAAUGCAAGUCAUUUCUGGGUCAGCAGGGAGAUGGCAUGGUCAAGUUCCUGGGGUACUGUCCUCAGGAGAAUGUGCUGUGGCCCACCCUGACAAUGAAGGAACACCUGGAGGUGUAUGCCACUGUGAAAGGGCUGCAGAAAGAGGACGCUGCCAUUGUGAUUUCACGACUAGUGAAUGCUUUCAACCUGUAUGAGCAGCUAAAUGUUCCAGUGCAGAAAUUAGCAUCAGGGACCACAAGAAAGCUAUGUUUUGUGCUGAGCAUCCUGGGAAAUUCACCCAUCUUGCUUCUGGAUGAACCCUCUACAGGCAUAGAUCCAACAGGGCAGCAACAGAUUUGGCAGGCAAUCCAGGCAGCUGUUAAGAACACUGAGAAGAGUGUCCUCUUGACCACCCACUACCUGGCUGAGGCUGAGGCUCUGUGUGACCGUGUGGCCAUCAUGGUGUCUGGAAGGCUGAGAUGCAUUGGUUCCAUCCAACACCUGAAAAGAAAAUUUGGCAAAGAUUACAUUCUAGAACUCAAAGUGAAGGAGCCUUCUCAAGUACCUUUGAUCCACACCGAGAUUCUGAAUCUUUUCCCCCAGGCUGCGCAGCAGGAAAGGUUUUCUUCCUUGUUGACCUUUAAGCUGCCCAUAGCAGAUGUUUACCCUCUAUCUCAGGCCUUUUACAAAUUAGAAACAGUUAAACAUAACUUCAACCUGGAAGAAUAUAGCCUCUCUCAGUGCACGCUGGAAAAGGUAUUCCUGGAAUUUUUUAAGAAGCCAGAGCCUGAAAAUGUUGAUGAAGAAGUUGAUACAACCAUGAGAUGGAAACUCCUUUCUUAUUCAGAUGAACCCUAA